AGCAUAAAUUGAAGACACCGAGCCUGUAGUGAGAAGGCAGAUCGGCCGUUAGGAAGAUAGGUUGUAUGUAGAACGAACUGAAGCUCAAUCUAACGUUAGGGAAGACAGCUUCGCUUGUAUACAAACGAAGUGACAGUAGGCCGGGAUAUAUGCCGUGAAGGAUACUGUAAACAAACACCGAUUGUUUUGUGUGUGAUUCUCUCAAUCACAGCGUUAUUCGCGUGGAUUCCUCUCGCUCGUCCACGGCUUAGUUUCCCUUGGGAAGCGGAUUAUAUAGGUACUCUACUCAGCUCUGAUGCCUUGCCUGGAAGUGUUCACCAGCAUGAGCAGUGACAUCGGUGACUUUUGUAGUCCGGAGAUUCUGUGCGAUGAGAUGAGAAACGGGGAGAAAGUGUUGCUCUUGGAUUGCCGGUGUCAAGCUGACUACAUUCGAUCGCACGUAGCGGGCUCCAUCAAUGUGACCCUGCCCAGUCUAAUGUUCAAACGACUUAAGAAGGGAACGCUACAGAUUGCGACAGUCAUUCAGAAAAACGAAGCCAAAGAACGGUUUAAUAAGUGUUGUAAAACUCAUCUGAUUGUUUUGUACGACGAGUGUUCUACGGAUCUCAAUGCUAACCCUUCCAGUACAAUCAACCUUCUGGUUAAGAAGUUGCGGCAAGAUGGCUGCCGAGCUUCGUUUUUACUCGGUGGGUUUUCAACGUUUGAGGAGCGUUUCCCCGAAUAUUGUUCCGCCCAGGAAAACACAGAAUCCACGAUUCUUGGGUUGAGGAAUCUGCGUAUAUCCGAAGACUCCUCGUACGGUACCUCUAGCGAGAGUGACUGUGAAAAUACACCACACAUGUCACCCUUCCCGGCGCAGGUUUUACCUCACUUGUAUCUUGGCAACGCUAAAAACUCCUCUGACAUAAACCAACUGAAGAAAUAUGGCAUCACAUACAUUCUCAACGUUACUCCCAACGUGCCAAAUAUGUUUGAAAAUGAUACCUCAUUCAAGUACCUGCAGAUUCCGAUCAGCGAUCACUGGUCACAGAAUCUCUCAGCAUUCUUCCCACAAGCUCUUGCAUUUAUCGAUGAGGCAAGACGGAAUCAUCAAGGCGUUCUAGUCCACUGCCUGGCCGGCAUCAGCCGCUCGGUCACCGUCACUGUAGCCUACAUGAUGUCUCGUCGGGCCAUGAGUCUGAACGAAGCCUACGACUACGUGAAGACCUGCAAACCAAAUAUCUCCCCGAACUUCACUUUCAUGGGACAGCUCUUGGACUUUGAAAAGAGCCUUGAGCGGCCGGAGUUCGGGUGUGCGGAGUGUGAAGCCAAGGACCGCAUGUUCUGUAAGGAGUGUACGGAUGAAGCCGUGAGCCUAUCAAGCCCCGAGACGAGUCCUCUGGCUAAAGUCGAAUCCUGACAAGUUCUGCCCAGGAACCUUGUGGAUUAGGUCAGAUGGUUUCUUCAACUCAUGGUCACACUAGUUUGAGGAAUACCUAUGUCAACACGUCGCUGCCCCACCGGAAAGAAGAACAGACAGCCGGAAGUUGAUAAAAGAAGCUUUCGGAAGCUAUCGGUUUAUGCCGCGGGGGUUAGAAGCUCCUGAAGAGCGGUGCGUUCCGAUUGCGGUGGACAUGCAGUGAUGUUAGCAGCGUAGUGCUCGGAAAUCCCGGAAUGGGUUAAGAUGGUCUUUCAUGAACGUUACAGAACGUGUAUGGUGCAAGAAUAUGGCAGCUAUUACUAUCGUGUGAAGUAGUGCACGAGUCAUAAUAUUACCCGGACAAGCCGGGCUGACAUUGUUCAGGGUGCAACCCAGUAAGGGGUUCUCCACAUUAUUGUACAUAGUGCUCCUCAUCCCGUCUCAUGAAGUUGUUCACAUCGUCACCGUACGAAUACCUCGUUGUUUGAGAAAUGUUGUAACUAUAUUUUAUUAUACACCAGAGUAAAACAAAAAUCUAUGUUUUCCAA